ACUUUUCACUGGAUAAAUAAGCCAGAAACGAAAAAACUAUUUAAAUUUUUAAAUCCUCACCUUAAGAUUCUGGAUCAUUGGUCCCUUAGUGAAAAGAUUUUAGAAGCAGCUAUUUCUGAAGUGAAUAAAGCAAUACAAGAUAUAAUUCAUAAAGAUAAAAUUG